CGCCGAUGUUUACAUGGCACUCAUCCGACUGUCGGCUGCUGAUUGACCGGUGAGGUGCUCGCUGCCUUAUUUCCCUGUCAUGUGGUGAUUUACAACUCCUACUACCUGGCGCGUCUGACCAGAGUACAGGGAACACAUGGACAAGUGCAGAGAGGGUGGAUAGUGAUAUAUAAAGCAAUGGCGGCCUUGAGAACAGGAGUGGUCGGUGUGGCGGGAUUGGCAGCCAAACUAGGACGUCUCAGUGUCUCUCUGUCCUCCCAGGUUACCCGCCCAUUCCAGCACACCUCACUUGUCACUGCCUCCACCCACUUCAGGCUGACCCCAUGGUGUGCCUCACUCCACACCAGCAGCACCCAGCAAGGCCUCAAGGAGUUCUUUGAUGAUGAGAAGAACUGGGGAGAGAUGGAGGUGAAGGUGGGCAGGGCAUGGAAGAUUGAGGAGCUGAGGAUCAAGAGUAACGAGGACCUGCACAAACUAUGGUUUGUGCUGCUGAAGGAGAAGAACAUGCUGCUCACCAUGGAACACGCCUGUAAUGAGGAGUACCAGGUGUUCCCGAAUCCUGAGAGAAUUGACAAGGUUGAAGAAAGCAUGAAGAACCUGGAGAAUGUGGUGAGGGAGAGGAAUCGAGCAUAUUGGCUGCUUGAGACUGGGGAAGAUGGAGAGCAUCAUGGAGAAAUAGGAACUGAUUCCCUUGGCCGAAGGAGGUUUAUGAAGUACACAGAGCACACAGUCCCUUACUGGUCAACUGGACGUCCAUGGAGGUCACUGGACAAGCCAUCCAUUACAAGAUUCUCACGCCUCAUGAGGGAACAGAAGUUUUUGAAAAAGAGAAGAGCCUUACGUCGCAUCAGGGAUCAUGUGUAUGUGCUGCGUCGCUACCCUCACAUGGAUAUGGAUGUGCUGCAGAAGAAGUACCCUGAAGUGAAUGUGAGGGCUCUCAGGCACCUGAAGAGAUCCCUCGGCCACCAUUCACACAACCUUGCCUAAACACCAUACGUCCUGAGAGCGAGGAGCCAUUUUUGAAGUUAGUGAACUUCAUUGUAGAAAACUGAUACAUGUUGUUUCUAGUUUAAUUUUAUAAAGAUAUGAAAUUUAAGUUGAAUUCAUAUUAUUUAAAGAAAUUGCUUUGUUGUUCAGGAACAGGAAAUUGGAAGAUGAAAGAUUUCCAUAACUCAUACAAUGUAUAUCAUCAUGUAUAAACAAAAUAAUAAACCAUUAACUUGGAA